GCUUAGGUGACAUCUGAUGAAAUUAGUGAAUAAGUAAAUCAGCUAUGUCUUACACUCCGGGUGUUGGUGGUGACCCUGCCCUACUGGCCCAGCGUAUCUCUUCCAAUAUCCAGAAGAUCACACAAUGUUCUGUGGAAAUACAGAGGACCCUGAAUCAACUUGGAACGCCUCAAGAUUCACCUGAACUUAGGCAACAACUGCAACAGAAGCAGCAGUAUACUAACCAGCUUGCCAAAGAGACAGAUAAGUACAUUAAAGAGUUUGGAUCCCUGCCCACCACCCCCAGCGAACAGCGUCAGAGGAAAAUACAGAAGGAUCGCUUAGUGGCUCAAUUCACAACAUCACUGACAAACUUUCAAAAGGUCCAGAGGGAAGCUGCUGAGAAAGAGAAAGAGUUUGUUGCUCGAGUAAGAGCCAGUUCCAGAGUAUCUGGUGGUUUUCCUGAGGACACCUCAAAGGAAAGGAAUCUUGUAUCCUGGGAAAGCCAAGCUCAACCUCAGGUGCAGGUGCAGGAUGAAGAAAUUACAGAAGAUGACCUCCGCCUUAUUCAUGAGAGAGAAUCUUCUAUUAGGCAACUUGAGGCUGAUAUUAUGGAUAUUAAUGAAAUAUUUAAAGAUUUGGGAAUGAUGAUUCACGAGCAAGGAGAUGUAAUAGAUAGCAUAGAAGCCAACGUGGAAAACGCGGAGGUGCACGUUCAGCAAGCAAACCAGCAGCUGUCAAGAGCAGCAGAAUAUCAGCGCAAAUCCAGAAAAACCCUGUGCAUCAUCAUUUUUAUCAUUGUCAUCGGACUUGUAAUUCUCGGUCUCAUCAUAUGGAGAGUGAAAGGCUGAAUUAUAAAGGAGCACACUGUUGCACUACAUUCUCUAAAUUAUGUACGAAGAUUCCUGUAAUCAUUUUUUUUAUUAUUAUUAUUAUUCUAAAGCUACUGCAUAAAGGAUGGCUCCCAUACUUUGUUAUUUUUAUUUGGCAGGGGGAAGUUUCUUUUAGAUUCAAUCUGAUAUUUUCUAAUACUGAAAGUUUUUCUUGGUAUCACUGCUGGCAUAACUUCUGUGCUUUUCAAUCUAGUAACUCUGAGGUUUUGUCCACGAUGUAUAUGCCUUUCAUUUAUAAUUUAUUUGCCCUGUUGACUUAACUUUUGGAAUCAGUAAAUUUAAAGGUGUGUGUGUGUGUGUGUGUGUGUGUGUGUGUGUGUGUGUGUGUUCGUGUUCUGUGUGCAUCUGUCUCUGUCACACAGUGACAUGCACCCAGAUUUGUGUGACUUCAAUUAAAAAUCUCAAAUUUAAUUUUGAUAUGGGCCAGCAGAGGAAAUAUUCUCAGUAACGUAGGGAAAAUUAACCCACCUGUUUGUGGUGGUUUGUUUUCUUUCGUUUUCUGGUUCAUAACAGCACAGAUUAUCUAUUUAACUUUUAUUGUUGGUUUUCUCUUAAGACCUUCGUUUACUCUAAAUGAAAUCAGUGAGUAAUUUCCUAGAAUAUCUCAUCCUCCUGAUGUGUAUAUAUUAAACAUUUGCUGUAGAUUGCCUAGUAAAAUACUAAGGAUAAUUGUUUUUGCAUAGGACCUGUUUAAGUCUGAUGUUUGCUGGGGUAUGUGUAGUCACUAUAAAUGUUAAAUGUAAUUUGGAGGAAGAGUAUGAAAAAUCAGUUCAUACUAUGUUAGAAAUCUGGAGAUACAACUUGUUAUUCUGCUGUGUACUUCCACAGCUAUUAGGAUGGAAAAUUAAUUACCUUCCCUGAAAUCCUUCAGAAUUAUGGCUACAUGUAUAUCCUUGGGUCAGAAUUACUUUUGGGGAGCAACUUUCCCAGAAUUAUUGUUUUUGAGCACUAACACUUAAAAUUUAGUGUUUACUUUGCAUACCAUUUUGUACCAUCCUCCAUUAGAAAACAAUUUGGAUGUUUGCCAAUUAAUCACUUGCCUUUUUAAAUCAAUGUUGUUUUGAUGCACUAAUCUGAAUACUGUAAAGAAGUUUGUCUUAGUUUAUAGUUUGUAUUUUAUAACAAUGUUCUUAUAUAGCAGUUUGAUAGUGAAGUCAGUGUUUUACAUGGCAAGCUAUGAGACUCCAAAUGGGAACAAAUAAAAUAUUAAGUAAAGCGUGUCUUUGCAACCAGAA